AUGGAGUCAGGCAGUCUUGCUAGUAGUUCCCAGCCAAACGCUGCCCUCCAACACCCGGCAGGCCGAGGAACGGACUCGCCGUUCCUCGUUCCGACGCUAAACGACGCCUUCAACCACCGAAACGGACGAACGAACGACUUACGGUCUUCGGUAGCACCCUCUAGCCGUCUGUCUAGUACCCCAACACCUUCGUUUAUCUCCCGAGAAGGUUCUACGUUCUCCCGCGAUGGAUCUACGUUCCCCCUUGAUCCUUCGUUGAUGGCGAGUCGUUCGCCGUCGUGGGGGAGGGAGUCGUCGUCGGGGGGUGCUUCGUUCUUCGCUGGGAUGAGGCUAGACAGGGAGAGUACGGCAGCGUCGACGGUGACGUCUAUAGGAAGCACAGGGAGGUCGAGUCAGCGUGAGAACGCAUCAUGGACCGACGCUGACGACGAAUUGAUGGUCGAUCUACUUCUCGAGUCGGUCCGACAAGGUCAGAAGUCCGAGAACGGCUUCAAGAAGGGUGUGUGGGGUAAGGUGGUAACGGAGGUGAACAGGGUAAGGACUCAGGGUGGUCCGAAGGACGAACGAUCGGCUAGAGGUCGGUAUUCGUUACUACGUAAGGAGAAGUGGGAACCGAUUCACACUAUGAUGACGACGUUGUCUGGUGCUGGCUUUGACGAGGACCUUGGCUGUGUUACGCUACCGGAGAAGGGGUGGCGAGAGUUACGAGAGUCGGGUUCCGAGGGCAACCUGAAACUGCUAGCUUGGAGGAACAAGAAGUGCUCCCUCUACCCUCGCCUUGACCUGUUGUUUUCCCCCGCUACCGCCGACGGUCGUUACGCAAUGAACCCCUUUCGUCGACCUCGUUCUCUCGGCUCAAGAAGUCCGGAGAGGAGCAGGGAGGGAGACGACACGUCGUCGAGCGAUGACUCCGAGCCGACCUCGACGCCGACUCGAUCGAAAACGACUCCGAAAACGACUCCAAAACGGUCUCGAGACACACAACUUCGAGAACAGGUCGCCGAACGGCUCGAAUCGCUCGAUGAGCGUAUCGCUGAAUGCAUGAAGGACAUAGCUAAGCGAGACCCAGGCUCGCAGCUGAAACAGGCGUUCGAGAAGCUGGCCGGCGUCGUCGACGAGUACGAACUCAGUAAAGAUGAUGAAUAUCGCGUCGUUCAGCACUUUACGGAACGGCCGUCGACGGCGAUUGCUUUCCUCGCUGUCCCGCCAGAGUUCCUCGGCCGUACGCUUAGACGCAUAGUAACUCUGGAAGAACGGAGGGAAGAACGGGAAGAGGCAGAGAUGGCGAAAAGACGACGUGUUCGGGACGAUCGAGACGAAUAUGAUGAAUAG